AUGCUUAACCUCGACUUCCUCCCCACGGGAACGUCAUCGGCCCACCUCGAACUUGGCGAGGAAGAUGAGUACAGCAUCGCCAACCAAGUCAACCCGGACAUGUUCCAGCACCCUACCUUCGAAGUUCCCAAUAUGACUGACCCCAUCGCGUGGCUGCAGCAUCAAAUGAGCGACGAAGCUGAGAACCGCAUCAAGAUGGCAAAGGGAACGACGACACUGGCGUUCAAGUUCCAGGGAGGCAUUAUUGUCGCUGUUGAUUCGCGUGCGACCGGUGGCACAUAUAUUGCAUCGCAGCAUGUCAAGAAGGUUAUUGAAAUCAAUCCAUAUUUGCUGGGAACUAUGGCUGGUGGUGCCGCCGAUUGUUCCUACUGGGAACGGGAGUUAGGUCGUCGCUGCAGGGUAUACGAGUUGAGGAAUAAGGAGCGCAUUUCCGUGGCCGCGGCAUCGAAAUUGCUCUCCAACAUGGUCUAUGCGUACAAGGGGAUGGGACUGUCUAUGGGAACCAUGAUCACGGGAUGGGAUAAGACUGGCCCGCAACUGUUCUACGUUGAUUCCGACGGCCAACGUCUGAAGGGAGAUCUGUUCUCUGUCGGUUCCGGUUCCACAUUCGCGUAUGGUGUCCUGGAUGCUGGUUUCCGCCACGACUUGUCUUUGCCGGAAGCUAUCGAGCUCGGGAGGAGGGCUAUCUACCACGCCACCUUCAGAGAUGCCGCAUCCGGUGGAGUCGUAAAUGUCUACCACAUCAAGCCCGGAGGCUGGGAAUUCAUCGGCCAGACGGAUGUGACGGAACUGCAUUACAAGGUAGGGGAGCUUCAUCUGGCGCAUUGUCUCAAACGCGAACGCUGA